GGAAGCGCCGAGCUGCCUGACUGGAAUGAGGGUAGCGGCGGCGACUGCGGCGGCGGGAGCGGGACCGGCCAUGGCGGUGUGGACGCGGGCCACCAAAGCGGGGCUGGUGGAGCUGCUGCUGAGAGAGCGCUGGGUGCGGGUGGUCGCCGAGCUGAGCGGGGAGAGCCUGAGCCUGACGGGGGACGCCGCGGCGGCGGAGCCCGAGCCCGCGCUGGGGCUGGCGGCGGCCGCCUUCAACGGCCUCCCGAACGGCGGCGGCGCCGGCGACUCGCUGCCCGGGAGCCCGAGCCGCGGCCUGGGCCCCCCGAGCCCGCCCGCGCCGCCGCGGGGCCCGGCGGGGGAGGCGGGCGCGUCGCCGCCCGUGCGCCGGGUGCGGGUGGUGAAGCAGGAGGCGGGCGGCCUGGGCAUCAGCAUCAAGGGCGGCCGCGAGAACCGGAUGCCGAUCCUCAUCUCCAAGAUCUUCCCGGGGCUGGCGGCCGACCAGAGCCGGGCGCUGCGGCUGGGCGACGCCAUCCUGUCGGUGAACGGCACGGACCUGCGCCAGGCCACCCACGACCAGGCCGUGCAGGCGCUGAAGCGCGCGGGCAAGGAGGUGCUGCUGGAAGUCAAAUUCAUCCGAGAAGUAACGCCAUAUAUCAAGAAGCCGUCAUUAGUAUCAGAUCUUCCAUGGGAAGGUGCAGCUCCCCAAUCACCAAGCUUUAGUGGCAGUGAAGACUCUGGUUCUCCAAAACACCAGAACAGCACCAAGGACAGGAAGGUCAUUCCUCUCAAAAUGUGCUUUGCUGCUAGAAACCUAAGCAUGCCAGAUCUGGAGAACAGAUUGAUAGAACUACAUUCUCCCGAUAGCAGGAACACAUUGAUCCUACGCUGCAAGGAUACAGCCACCGCACACUCCUGGUUCGUAGCUAUCCACACCAACAUUAUGGCUCUCCUCCCACAGGUGUUGGCUGAACUCAAUGCCAUGCUUGGUGCAACCAGUACAGCAGGAGGCAGCAAGGAGGUCAAGCAUAUUGCCUGGCUGGCAGAACAGGCAAAACUCGAUGGUGGAAGACAACAGUGGAGACCUGUUCUCAUGGCUGUGACUGAAAAGGAUUUGCUGCUUUAUGACUGUAUGCCAUGGACAAGGGAUGCCUGGGCAUCACCAUGUCACAGCUACCCUCUUGUUGCCACAAGGUUGGUUCAUUCUGGUUCUGGAUGUCGAUCACCCUCCUUUGGUUCUGACCUCACAUUUGCUACCAGGACAGGCUCUCGGCAGGGCAUUGAGAUGCAUCUCUUCAGGGUGGAGACACAUCGGGAUCUGUCGACCUGGACCAGGAUACUCGUUCAGGGUUGCCAUGCUGCUGCUGAGCUGAUCAAAGAAGUCUCUCUAGGCUGCACAUUAAAUGGCCAAGACGUGAGACUCACUGUCCACUACGAAAAUGGGUUCACGAUCUCCAGGGAAAAUGGAGCCCCCAGCAGCUUGCUGUACCGCUACCCCUUCGAAAGGCUGAAAAUGUCUGCUGAUGACGGCAUCAGAAAUCUGUAUCUGGAUUUUGGUGGUCCUGAGGGAGAACUGACCAUGGACCUGCACUCUUGUCCGAAGCCGAUUGUAUUUGUGCUGCACACGUUCUUGUCGGCCAAAGUCACGCGCAUGGGACUGCUUGUAUGAGCAGCAAGAAUCAGAAAAGAGCCUUGAAUGUCACAAGAAGUAUUUUCACCUCAAAAAAAAAAAAAAUAGCACAAAAAGAAAGCUCUUUGCUCUCCUCCAGCACAGUGCCUUGACAAGGACCUGCGAAUCACUGCUGAACCCCAACCACGUUUAAAGAGGAGCCUGCCUUUCACAAGAUACCGUGGCCAGAAUUUCUAGGCUCUAAUGAGCUCCAAAAUGAAGCUGUUGACGUAUUGUUAGUUUCCUAAUGUGGUUUCUAAGUAAUUGGGUUUAAUUCUCCUGUUAAGAAGGUGGCUCAUUGUUUUUCUUUAUGGACAUAGUAAAAUAUCGAAGAAGUGGGGUUUUUUCUUCUUCCUGUAGGAUUUAUUUCAGACUAAGCUUUGAUCUCUUGCUUAGGAAGACUGUCUCUUCCCAGGUGCUAGUUUCCAGCAGCCCCUGCUUCUUGGUCAUUCCAGAUACGUUGUACGUUGUGAUGGAGUUAAAUGUGCGCACUUGCUCCUCCCGCCCUAGGAAGUCCUCGAGUUGUAUCACCAAAGCGCUCUUCCAUGCGUCCUGGCUCUCGCUGCGUCCCCCCACCCCCCGCCAUCCCUUCCCACUGCACCACCAGCUUUGCUAUUUCUCAUUGCUAACGUUAGGACUUAGAACUUGCAGAAUUUGAUUUGCCUUGCCUUCCACUCCCUUUCUGGUGGUGACCAAGUUGAAGAGCAAGUCAGAACCACUGCAUUGAAAGAAAAUACUUGUUUGAGUUUUCUGAUUUUACUUUUGGUAGGAGCCAGGGGAUGUGGUAAGAUUUAUUUUAAAAGAAAAUCCUUAUUUUAUUUUUUCCAUGACCUAAUAAUUGAUAUUUGCUUUAAUGAAAAAAUCCUCAUGUUAGCCUAAGCCAUUUUUUAUUGCUUACCAAAUGUGCCUUUGGUUGGGGUUCGUGGAGCUUUAUUAGUCACUAUUUGAAUAACUGGAUAUCACUGCCAUCCCAGGGAGGUCAUCUGUCCUGGUGUUAGAACAGCCUGCGGCAGCUCUCCUUAGUACUGCCUUUUCUCGUGGGCAGACAUAAUUGAGAAAGAUACAGCCUGAAGAGCAAGCUUGUUUCAAGAGGAGAAUUUGUGGGUGAAGCCAGCUUUGCAGCACAAAUUGUCAAGUUGCUUUAGGUUCUGUUCCCCCAUGUAGAACCCUGGCCCCAGCCCUCUCCCCUUGUGGCAGCAGAGUGGUGUGGACAAGCAGCUGCUAACUCAAGACUCAGUGUAGCUUAGUAACCCAUCCUCCAGUGGGCGGGGUGAGGAGACCAUGGACGGAGGCCUGGGUUUUGCUAAGCACUGCCAGAUGUCAUCAUUAGGACACAUGACAGUAAGAUCGCUGAUUUUGUGGUACUGGAGAAUACACUCAUUUAUAAUCAUGAAGGAGGUGCAUAUCUGAAACCAUUUAAAAUAGUGUAAUAGCUGUAUAAGAUGUCAAUAUCAGCACAGUCUCUGGAACUGAAAGAGAAGGUAAUAGUGAGUUGGCUGUUCUCUGUGUUCUCUGAAGAAAGGUCUGGGGUUAGUUCUCAUUUACUGUGUUUAUCAGGAGUGCCUAGAGGAUGUGAGCACCUCAGAGGGUGGAGGCGGGCAGCACUCCCAAUAGGAAAAGAAAGCACAGCGGUGUGUGCAGCGCGCAGCUAUUUGGUGUGAGUGCAGACUGACACAGGUGGGAUGUGAAAGAACCGACUCGAGCUGGAAGUUCUAGUUAGACGUUGUGAGCCCAUUGUCUUCACUUCUUCCCCGUGUUCAGUGAGAUUAACCACAGGCAGAGGCUGGGGAGAGAGAUCUGUUCUUCCUCACCACCGGUCCCAAAAAUGAACUGUCUGAUCCACUUAAAACUGGAAAUGGAAAUCUAGACUAGACUACGUCUUUCAAGAGCUUUUUAUGUUUUGAAAAUUCACAAGCCCAAGUUUGGUUCCAUCUGGAGUAAGUUGACAAGUUAGGGAAGAAAAAAAAAUACCUUGAAGGUCCAGCUGUGAUUUCUGAAAGAAGAAUUUGAAUACAUAACCCUUAGAUAGGGAAGCUUAGACAUUCUUUGCAGUGAAAGUAUUUAUCUGAGAAGAUGAACGAUGCCAUCACAGACUUUUGCAGCAAAGCCAUUUGGUUGAGGUUUUCUAUUAGUGUGAAAGGCUAGGCCACUGAAAAGAUUUUCAGAGGGAACUUCUGAGCCACCUGCUCAAUGGUUAUAUGAAAAGAUCUGUAAAAAAGGUGUAAUUAAAACGUGGGAAGGAGAGGUAAGGCGGGUGUGCACUUCACCCCUUUUGUUCAAGCUUAAACUGCCAUGGGUAGCCCCAAGGUCCACAGGGUUUUUAAUAUUUAAUAGGGUUUUGAGUCUUGAUGUGGAGUGAAAUUGAUGGGAGGUUUCCUGUGAUCUCUUGCUCCCCCAAGAGCAAGAGCCCUGAGGCUGCUUGUUUAACAAACUUCAGCAGCUUUCCAACCAUGGGUGACCAGGUUGUUCUUCGAUUAAGUGUGUUUGUGGGAUUUUCAAACCACAAAUGAAGUACUUUUUGUGAAUGAGAUAGCCUUGAUAAAUAUGUGCGUAUUUUCGACCCACAGUUGGGAAUAUGAGGAGGGCUGACUCUAUCCACUGCUCUGCACUGUUUUAUAUAAGGGACUUGCACAUCCGUGGAUUUGGGUCCUGGACCCAAUCCCUAGUGAACACCAAGCAACGACUGUAGCUAAGGUUUUAGGGAGCCAAAGUUAAUUCGUGGGUUUUCGACGGCCUGGGGAGCUGGCACCCCUAAUCCCCAUGUUCUCCAAGGAUCAGUUUGUACUUUGUAUUUAGAUGCCAAAAUAUGGCAAAUUAUUUUCAGAUGAAUAGCUAAAAAUAGGCAUUUUUCAUAUUUCACAUCUUUUACAGAACAGCUAAUUUUUCAUUUCUUUUUUAUUCUGAAUUAGGAAAAUUAUUGAGAAUGUUGUGGGCUUCCAUGUGUAGAAUGUAAAGGAAUUGCAGAGUAUUGUCCCCCUCAUUCUGAUGGACCACUUUCAGUGCCCCCCAGGACCUGGGCCUAGACAUCUUCUCCAUAUUCCACACAGAUGCCUAUCAAAGAAAAGGCUCAGUUAUUAUUUUUCUGAAAAAGGUAAGUCCUUUUCUGAAGUCAUCAAAUGGACCUUACCUGGAAAGGUUCUAAUAUUUUAUAUGAAGAAAUACUUUAUGUUUAUACAGUAUUUAUUAGAUUUUGUAACUGUAAACUCACCUACCUAGUAGACAGAGUUUCAGGUUAAAUAUUGGGACAUGUACAGGCAAUCAAAAUAUUACUUUAAAUGUCAUUCACUUAUUUUAAAGCUAUGUUUUAGCACUUUUUAACGCUAGGUAAGUCUGACAGUGCCUGUUUUUAUCAUCUGUAAUCUCACAAACUUUGUUAUUGAAAUUGCAUGGCAGGAGAGAUUGAAUUAUUUAUUUCUUACAUUUUUAUAAGUGGAAAAAUCUCUCCAACCAACAAAUGAUUAAAGUUGUUACUGAUUAUUUGUUCUCUUAUUCUCCUAAGCAGAAUGAUAACAAAGUUUUUUUUCAGCUGAUUAAAUGCACUUAGCUAAUAAACCAAAAUUUAUUUAAAAAAAAAAAAAAAAAGCUGUGUGGAAUCUGGAUAAGAUUAUGUUUCUUCCAGAAAAACAAAUUAGUGCAAAUGCUUUUGAUGGACAAGUGUGACCACUUUUGAGAAAAGGUUAUGAUAGAUUUUUUUGUUAAUUUUCUGAGAACCUCCAGGUCUUCGUUUUUAAUUUAUAUGCAUGUGGAUAAUUUGUGUGUGUUUUCAAAAACAUGGAAAAAUCUCCAUAUUUUUUCAUGCAAAUUAUCUUGUAAGCUGCUAUGCAAAUUGUAUUAAAAGGCCUACCUACUAAAAAAGUUAAACAUUUUUGAAGCUUCAGGGAAGACCUGUAGACUUAAGCACUUUCUCUGCUUUUUUGUAUCUUGUCUUGGAUAUGCUGAAUUAUGUUAUUAUUUUCACUGGUUAUAAGCUAUUGAUUGUACAUAAUAUAUAAAUCAUCCAAAUAUCCAGCAUACAUUUCCAUGUUGUUGCCAUCCACUGUCGACACCAUGAGUGAAAUGGCUGGUUGGAAAGCCAAAGUUCAUGCUUUUACAGUCCUUAAUGAAGUAAAAUGCCAGAUCUCUUUGGUCUCAAAACAUUGUUCUGGUCUGAUCUGACUAUCUGUGUCAGAGAGACUUCUUUAAAUUUGGGAUGCUUAAACUUAAGUUGAAUUUGACUAUAGUCAUAUAUUUUUGUCAAGUAUGUUAUGUGGCAGAUGAUAUUAUAUUCUACCUUGAGUGUGGAAAUUUCUUUCAGUUAAAUUUGAAUUGUUAUAAUGGCCUCUGAAGAUGAAGACAAAGGAAUCUGCCAUCUGCUGCCAUUCUUCCUCUGUGUCUCGAUUUUAAUUGCUUGGAAAUCUAGAAUUAUUUUGACUUUCUAUAUACUGUCUUUAAAAACCAAUACAGCAGACUCCCCACUCCCUUUCCCUUUUUAAGCUACACCUUCGUGCUGAGUAUAUAGACACUUGAUAAAUGUGUCAUGUUAGUUCUAAAAUAAUUAUGCUUUAUAUCAGGAUUAUGUUUUCUUGAUCAGUAUAGCUAUUCUCAUGGUGAAAUUUAUUUUGUACUAGUAAUAGACUGCUUAAGUGGCUGAUUUGAAAACCUUUCUCUAAAAAAACAAAAUUAUCUGGCAGAUAAUUGAUAUAAGUUCAUCCUAUGAAAGGAUUAAAUUUCAAGUUAAGGUAAAGUACAAUAAGUAGGCACAUAGAGCAUAUCUGUUUCCUUGUCUCUUUUGACACUAGCUAAACUGCCAACUGGAAGAAUGACUGUUAUAUAUAAACUAGAAAAAUAUUUUAACAAGAUUUCUUCUAUUGUUUCAAAACUGAUAAACUUGAACUUAAUCUGUUGCCAUUUAUUCUUCCUUUCCACUUCAGGUUCCUGAACCAAAGCAUAGUCUGGGUUUUUAAAGCAAAUCUGCAUUUGAUACAAUGCAUAAAUAUGCCAUUUGCAAAUGAUUGCUUGUUCUCCAAUGAGCAUUUGGUUAUAUUCAACAAAAAUCUAACAUAUGAACUGUAAUCUUUGAAUUGCCCAAAAUAGAUUGAUUGAAACUAAAAACCUAUUCUAGAGAAAUUAUCGAUACUGUUAUUAAGGGGUUGGACAGAAGUAAAUUUACAGUUGUUCACAGAAGUAAUACAGUAAUUAAUAAAUAAUAAUACAAGAAUAGCCCUGGCCAGGUGGCUCAGUUGGUUGGAGUGUCAUCCCAUACACCAAAAGGUUGCAGGUUUGAUUCCCGGUCAGGGCAUGUAUGGGAGGCAACCAACCAAUCAGUGUUUCUCUCACAUCGAUAUUUCUCUCUCUCUUUCUCUCCCAGUUCCUCCCUUAAAAAAAAAAAAAAAAAGCCACACACACAAAAAAACAUAUUCUUGGGUGAGGAUUAAAAAAAAAAGAAGAGCCGAAACCGGUUUGGCUCAGUGGAUAGAGCGUCGGCCUGCGGACUAAAGGGUCCCAGGUUCGAUUCCGGUCAAAGGGCAUGUACCUGGGUUGCAGGCACAUCCCCGGGUUGCAGGCACAUCCCCAGUAGGAGAUGUGCAGGAGGCAGCUGAUCGAUGUUUCUCUCUCAUCAAUGUUUCUAACUCUAUCCCUCUACCUUCCUCUUUGUAAAAAAUCAAUAAAAUAUAUAAAAAAAAAAAAAAAGAAGAAGAAGAAGAAGAAGAAGAAGAAAACUGUGUCUCAUGGUACUCACAAACUGUAAACCUACUUUUGCCCACCCCUGUAUUGUGAGAGGAGAUAUCCUGAUAGAUUUCUAACUUCUGCGUCCUCUGAGUCCCUUACUCAGUUUUUCUUAAUCUUAACCUCUAAACUGUUGACACCAAUGAUCUUUUAGUUUUUGAGUCCCUCUUUGUUCCAGUCACAUACACACCCUGAACCUGACUGUUCUGUCACCUCUUCCAAAGUGACAGAAGCCUCUUGUGAGGAGACAAAAGGUACUUUGGAGGCUUGGAGAAUUUUUAGAAAUUGCAGGGCUAAUUCAUGAUACAGUAAUCCUUGCAGACUUUCAUCGAAUAAGCACUUACUAGUGUAUAGUUCUUCACAUGCUCUCUGAAGGGUCCAAAAGAAAGUUCUUGCCCUCACAUAGCACAUAAUCCAUUCUCGAUCACACCAUGCCAUCUGUCAAUCAGAGGUUAAAUAAUUAACCACUUCAUAUUUUUAUCAAAGUACAUCUGGAGUUCUGCUCAUUUGGCAAACUAGAAAGUGUUUAAAAGGAGGCUCAGUCUUUGGUCCAUGCUAGCAUGAAAGAAUUUCAAGCACAUUUACAUAGGCUGGUCUUUUCAUCAUGCAUAAUUUUUUAAAUGCAAAAUUAAGAUUUUAGUUUUGGAAGGAGAACACUGUAGAAUAUCUUUAGGGAGAUAGAUCACAACAACAAUUAAGUUCUGUUGCUCAAAGUGGAUCAAUGGGAAAGUCUUUUUAAAGAAAUGCUUCUUUUAACUGUAAACAGCAAAGCUAAAUGUGUAUUUUCAUCUACCCCCCAUUUCUAAAUUGUGCUGGCCUGUUCAUUUCCACACUCACACCAUUUAAACAUCUCAUUUGCUGAAAGUCCUUAUACAUGGUAGAUGGAGUAUUUCUUCAUAAUGAGAGCUCAAAAUGAAGAUAUUUGAAACUUAGCAAAAGUCCACUUAUUCCAGACACUCUGGUAAACUCAGUGAAAAGAGCAUCUAAAAACAAUGAAAGAUUGUUUGAAUGUUUCCAAUAUUUUUUAUAUAUUAACAUCCUUUUCUGUCCAGCUUGCCUUCCGUUUAUCACUAAGGUCAGCCUUUCAGGUAGCAUCCUUCAUCAUGCUCAGAAAGUGCCUGAACGAUGUGAUUGGAAUGGCAUAGGGAACAACAUACUCUCAUGGCUCUUGCCCUUUGUUUCCAAGUGUCCUGGAGGUGUGCACACACAUUAGGUCACGGUCUUUCCUUCAAACCUACCCUUUGACAAUCAGGUGCUAACGAUUCUGUAUUAUUGGAACCAGCACAUAAAUAUUGUCAUGUGUCUGUUCUUCCUCGGUUGGAAGAAGUGCUUCCCUUCUAUCUCAGUCCUGUUUGGGAGGGGCGGGGGGAGUCAGCUAUAUUUUUUCACCUCUGUUUUCUAAAUGAAUAGAAUCUGGGGGAGAGGAAAUUAUUAAAGUGAAGAUCUGGGUUUGGCACAAUCAAUGUUGAUGAUGCUCUUCACAACUUACAGCAAAUCUGCCCUUAUCAUGAGAUCCAGUUCCAGUUUUUGUUUCCCUCCAGUACGGGGCUGCGUGUUACCUGUAAACCUAUCAGGUGGGUGCAGCGUGUUAAGGCCUUGGUUCCCAGAGAAUCGUUCCCUUUCGGUGUCAGACCCAAGGUCUUUUCGCAGAUAAUGCAGCGGACACUGCCCAUGAAGCCUUCCAUUGGGGCUCAUCUCUGCAAACUGGUUUGUGUUCGGUCCCACACAACUUGCAUUGUUGUUAAGCAUUAAGACUUAGCUGGAGUAAUACUUUUACAAAUUAUUAAAAGUAUGUGAUAUCCUGGGGUUUUCUUCUUUUUAGAACCCUGUAUUUAAACAAGACUUCUUUGUGAGUGUUUAAAAUUUAAGUUUCAAACCUUCUGGCAUCACCAGACUACCAAAUUGAAAUCCAUGCGUAAAACAGGGCAGUAUUUGUGUUCUUAAUUAAAAGAAGAAAAAAGCUUUAUGUAUGUGUACUCUGCAAAUACAAAUGCAUAGACAACACUUUCCCUUGAGUUGCACAUCAACAUAUAGCAUUGUAUAUUACAAUGAAAGUUUGUAACUUAAGGGUAUUAUAUAUAUAAAUACAUAUAUACCUUUGUAACCUUUAUACUGUAAAUAAAAAAUUGCUUUUAGACUUGUA